ACCCGUUCUUCGAUCUCCCCAUUCAUUACGAUACCAGUUCUUCGAUCUCCCCAUUCGGCAUCACCGCUUCUGACUUCUCUCUACCCUAAGCUGCUAUAGCCCCAAUUCUUAUACCAUCUCUCCGGCGACGGAGAAAGAAAAAGAACUCCGGCGACCAGUGGACUACAAUGAGCUCCUUUCCACCACAAGCCAAUACAAGCACAGAAUCCAAUGAAGACGAAUCACACCGUCUCUUAUCCUCCCCAUCUCCAUCUCCAACAUCACAAUCACAAUCACCGUCACCUCCACCGCCACUGUUAUCCGACGGUGAGAACGAUGAAAAAGAAGUCGCAUUCGAAUCCCGGGAAAAAAUCUUGAUUGUUGACUUUGAAUCAGACACUGUAGCCGAUGCCGAUUUCUCGGUAGUCCCACCGUUCUCGUGGAAGAAGCUAUGGCGAUUUAUGGGCCCAGGGUUUUUGAUGAGCAUAGCGUUUUUGGAUCCAGGAAAUUUGGAGGGAGAUCUGCAGGCCGGAGCGAUUGCGGGUUACUCGCUGUUGUGGUUGCUGAUGUGGGCCACGGUUAUGGGGCUGUUGAUCCAGCUAUUGUCAGCAAGAAUUGGGGUGGCGACGGGGCGGCACUUGGCGGAGCUGUGUAGGGAGGAGUAUCCAUAUUGGGCGAGUCUAUUGUUGUGGUUCAUGGCGGAGUUGGCUCUAAUUGGGGCUGAUAUUCAGGAGGUGAUUGGUAGUGCCAUUGCUAUUCAGAUUCUUAGUAACGGUUUUUUCCCUCUCUGGGCUGGUGUUAUAAUCACAGCCUCUGAUUGUUUCAUAUUUUUACUUCUUGAGAACUAUGGGGUGAGAAAGUUGGAAGCUGUUUUUGCAGUUCUCAUUUCAACUAUGGCAUUGGCAUUUGCCUGGAUGUUUGCUGAGGCAAAGCCGAGUGGAAAGGAGCUUGUAAUAGGUCUUUUGGUUCCAAAACUUAGCUCAAGAACAAUUCGACAGGCUGUGGGAGUGGUCGGCUGUGUUAUAAUGCCUCAUAAUGUGUUUUUGCACUCCGCUUUGGUACAGUCAAGGAAGGUUGACCCCAAGAAGAAAGGUCAGGUCCAGGAGGCCCUGAAUUACUAUUCACUUGAAUCCUCAGUUGCCCUUCUUGUCUCCUUCAUGAUCAAUUUGUUUGUUACAACUGUCUUUGCGAAAGGAUUUUAUGGUACUAAACAAGCGGAUAAUAUUGGCUUAGUAAAUGCGGGGCAAUAUCUUCAAGAGAAAUAUGGUGGUGGACUGUUACCAAUACUUUAUAUUUGGGGUAUUGGCUUAUUAGCAGCUGGGCAAAGUAGCACAAUAACGGGCACCUAUGCUGGGCAGUUUAUAAUGGGAGGUUUCAUCAAUCUUCGAUUGAAAAAGUGGUUGAGGGCAUUAAUUACAAGAAGUUGUGCCAUUUUUCCAACUAUAAUUGUAGCUCUUGUUUUCAACAGAUCUCAAGGUUCACUGGAUGUCCUGAAUGAAUGGCUUAAUGUGCUUCAGUCUGUGCAGAUUCCCUUUGCGCUCAUCCCGCUUCUUACUUUGGUGUCUAAGGAGCAGCUCAUGGGUGUCUUUAAAAUUGGACCUACUCUGGAGAGAAUUGCAUGGUCUGUGGCUGCCCUGGUAAUAGUGAUCAAUGGCUAUCUGUUGCUGGAUUUUUUCAUUUCUGAAGUUGAUGGACUGCUGUUUGGUUUUCUUGUCUGUACGGGGACGGCUGCAUAUAUCGCAUUUAUAUUAUAUCUUAUUUCACAUGGUGAAGGCCUCCCUUCCACUUGGUUCAAUUUACUACUGUCCAAGGGGUAUGUUUAUGUAGGGAAUUGAGCUGACAAUUGUCAUUUUGCCUAGACGAAACUUCCAACUGUCAAGGUCUGUGGUCCAGCCUUGGCAAGUAGCAGAUGGUCCAAUGUUCUGCUUUUCCGAAGCUGAAGCAUUCCUUUAAUCCAUUUACCUCUGAACUUCAGCUUACUGACUGUGAGUUACAAGUCAAACGAUUGAGAAUAUACUUUCAUGCAUCGCACCUUUGUGCAUAAUGACAGAUUUGAAAUAUACCAUUCAAGACAUUCUUUAUCCUUUCUGGAGGAUGGACAAAACAUCUUUGUCUGCUGGAUGAAGGUUUUACUUCUCUACCACUGUAUUUCCCGUUGAUCUAGACCCAACUUUUGUUGUAUUCACAAUGUACCAAGAAGAUAUUUUUUUUUCUCUGAAGCUGUGAAGAUUUUUUCUUGUGCAACAGUCAAAUCGUAAUUGUCUGAUAUCCAGAAGGGGGACUAUUCUAUAGAUGCAAGAUGACAUGCGUUCUUCAAAUUUGUUUUCAUGACGAAGCUUUUUCACCUCUAUUCUUUACUGUCAUUAUGUUUUUGUGGUUCAGACAUUAGAAAGCAUGUUCCUCUUAAAUUUAUGCAAAAGAUAAG